AUGACAAUACCACCAUUCAAUACCUGGAAGAUUUCUUGGAUCUCUAUCAUCCCAACAAGCAUAUCUUUGCCCAUCUUGGGAAAUUUUGGCACCACCGACAAUUACAACACAGAAAUAUUUGAAAGGUUCCACAUAGAUUUUGCCAAGGAAUGCUGGAGGGCAUCAAAUUUCUGUGACGAAGUUCCUCAGAUAACUCAGUGGCAUAGUAGGCAGGAGAAAGUAGCUGUGUUUGAAAGCUACCUGAACAACUACAAGAGAGAAGAAGAGAAGCAGGCAGAGCUGGAAAGAGAUAUAGAGGCCAGUUCAUCACCUACAUUCAAACCUCUAUCUAUUUUCCUGGCUAAACAACCACAUUCCCCUGGCCAAACACUGAAAAGCAUUCAAACAAGUCAUCAAUGUCCAUCUUUCUCAUAUCACCUACGUACUUUCCUUAACAAAUUCAUGGACAGAGGGAACACAAUCCCUCAAGUGGCCUUGGCCCAGCUUCCAUUUGAUCAACUAAAUAUUUGGCACUCAUUCAAAUUUGUGUUGGAUAGUCUGGGUAAUGAUAUAAGUAGCAUCCAAAAUAUGGAUGGUAUAGAGGUCAAGCCUGGAAAAAGAGGAGAGGAGGGCAGAUUUGAUACUGUUAUUGUAGUACAUACUGAUGAAGCAGAGGCAACAGCCCUGCAAGGCUCUUUGGCUUACGUGGAGUGGUACAAAAUAUCUAGAAAUCCUGGGCAAUUUCAUAACAUGUACAUUGUUACCAAGCUAGUCCCUCAGGCAAAUGGUGUUGCACCUGGUGCUAUUAUUCUACUGGGGAACAUACAUCAAAGUUGUCAUCUGGUUCCUCUUACUGGACCUGGGAUUGUUUGGCUGUCUAAAUUUGGAGGAUAG